CUUAAAUGCUUACUACUUACUUGGAUAAUUUUUACCGAAUUUUUUUCCAUAAUUCGUCACCCUUGUGAAAGAUCCAGAGAUUCUGUGAUAGCGCAGUCGAUGGACCAGAUCAAGAUCGUUCGACUUUUUUGUUUUCUGUUUCAGAGGGUUGGAACGAGGAUUGCACAGAAUCAUUCAGAAGGCACUUUGAGAUCGAAUGGCUGUAGUUUCAGUGGGCCUCAGGAGGAAUUGAAAUGA